CUUACUCACUUCCUGUAAGACUCCAAAUGUCGAGACUCAACUUCUCUCUCAGGCUCUAAUAAGCAACCUCGGAACCAGAGGGAGGGAAAGGCAUGCUUGAUGCUUCUCCAGUUCCCGUGCGCCCAUCCGCCGGGCACCUCUUUGCCUUUCCGUCUUUAACCUUCCAGCCAAUCAAUGGGCCGGGCUAUGCUAGGUGCUUCGUACCAAAAACUCAAGAACUCGUCCACGCCUCAAGGAGAAGGCGAGAGACGAGUCUUAAUAUUCAUACACCCCCUUUCAACUUCUUCUCUUGCUGCCUCUCCUCGAGCUUCCCGUUCCCACGCCCAUCUCCACCUCACUUGCCCCCCUUUUUUCUCCUGCACCACCGCCGGGCCAGCACCCCUCACCCUCAUUUUCCAUCUGCGGCGCUGAUUGAGAAUUCUAGGGCAGGGUCUUGGACGUGGUUUGGGUCUUGGGGUCGGGUGGAGCGGGGCUGUCAACUGGCCCUUUCUUUGGUCCUGGGUGCGACUACGACUCCGACUCUGCUGUACGAAGUAGCCGUACGUGGUCGACAGGGGGGAGGCAUGCCGCACACAGGGAGGAAGCGAAGACCUACCACAGCAUGGCGGCGAGCAGCGGGCAGUGAGCAUCCAGCUUCGCAGUUUUCCCGUGUGUACGUUUGCCAGGGACUAGACAAGCGGGCAGGACAGGGAGAGGCCAGCAUGCAAGAUGAGAACUGCACAUCCGCUUGCUAGACCACAACGGUAACUAGAGACCAGAGGGCGUCUUUGGUCAGUCAAUAGCAGAGGUCACCGGAAUCCAGGCGUGCCUGUCCG